AUGGAGCACGAGACAAAGCGCCAAUGGAUGCAAUCAUACGAAGGCAGAAUUAGAGUCGGUCCGCAGUACCAGGCCAUGAUUCCACCCUUUUGUAGGAACAAUUUUGCCUCAUCGCAGUUUAAUGGCACACAGGAUUAUCCAUUGACACAUUCUCUACAUCCAUCCAGCGUGCAACAGUCCCCUACUCUUCACUCAUCAGCACACCCCGAACAGUACAUCCAAUCAUACGACCUGCCAGACGAUUCGUUCAAUGACACAGAUAUCUGCAGCCAUCUAAAAUUUGAUGGAAUGGAUGGAAACUCAAAGGAAGGCAGAGGGAAAAGGAAUGAGGAAGAAGGAAAACAAAGGAAUAGGAAUUAA